UACCAAAAAGCAAAUCGACCCGACCAGAGUCCAGAAGGGACCAAACCAAAAAAAAAAAACCGAAAAUGGCAUUCUCGUUAUUAAAUCCAAAACCAAGGUUCAUUAAAUAUCCUCCUUUCCUAUAAAUUUCAAGCCCACUGGUCACUGACUGUUGAAAAAGCUGAGUUUACCGAGUCACCGCCAAACAGACCCCUUCAAAAAAAACACACACACACCACAACCAUGCAGGCUUCUCGCUGUCUGGGUUCUCAAUAUCACGCAUGGAGCCCACGUGUCCACCACCGCCACGGGUCACUCCGAUCACCACCAGCGAUCCGAUCCAUCGCCGCCCCACCAAAGCCUCAAACCCGAACCAAACCCGCCUUCCUCCCCCAACAAGCCGAAGUUUUCCGAUCCCUGGAGGGCUGGGCUUCCGAAUGCGUCCUCCCACUGCUGAAGCCUGUAAAAGACAGCUGGCAGCCACAGAACUUCUUACCCGACCCGGAAUUACACUCCGACGAGUUCACGGAUCGGGUUCGGGCUCUACGUGAACGGACUGCUGAGCUUCCGGACGAGUUCUUCGUUGUGCUUGUUGGGGAUAUGAUCACGGAAGACGCAUUGCCUACGUACCAGACCAUGAUUAACACUUUGGAAGGAGUGAGGGACGAAAGUGGGGCCGGGUCUAACCCGUGGGCUUUGUGGACCCGGGGUUGGACAGCUGAGGAGAACCGCCACGGCGAUUUGCUCCGCUCGUAUUUGUACUUAUCGGGUCGGGUCAAUAUGCUGAUGGUCGAGAGGACCGUUCAGUACCUCAUUGGAGCUGGCAUGGAACCGGGAACAGAGAACAGUCCGUACAUGGGGUUUGUGUACACGUCAUUCCAAGAGCGAGCCACGUUUAUAUCCCACGGCAACACGGCUCGAAUAGCGAAGGAGGCUGGCGAUCCAGUGCUCGCGCGUAUAUGCGGGACCAUUGCAUCGGACGAGAAGCGCCACGAGAACGCCUACUCUAAGAUCGUUGAGAAGCUCCUGGAAGUAGACCCCAAUGGCGCAAUGCUCGCCAUCGGCGAUAUGAUGCGGAAGAAGAUCACGAUGCCGGCUCACCUUAUGUACGAUGGGAACGACCCUAAGCUGUUCGAGCACUUCUCGGCCGUGGCUCAGCGGCUCGGCGUGUACACGGCGCAUGAUUACGCUGACAUCUUGGAGUUUUUAAUCGGGCGGUGGAGGUUGGAGAAGCUGGAGGGAUUGACAGGCGAAGGGAGUCGAGCGCAGGACUUUGUGUGUGGGUUAGCGCCGAGGAUUAGGAAGCUCCAGGAGAGAGCCGAUGAGCGGGCGCGAAAGAUGGAGCCACGUGGCGUGAAGUUUAGCUGGAUAUUCAACAAGGAGAUCUCGUUGUAAAAAGUAAUUGAGGGAUGGUUGUAAAAGUGAAAAUGGAACGACGUGGGUAAAAAAAAACGUUUUUUUCUUUUUUUUUUUUUUUUUUUUUGGUAAUAGUAAAAAACGUUUUUGUUUUCCGGACUUUUUAGACAUCGCUAUAGUAAACUAUAAUAAGCAGCAGUUGCUUUUUGAUGAGUAA